AUGCAUGAGAUAGUGAAGGAGAUUGGUGGAGAAUUGAAAUGUACAAGGUGGUGGAAGGACGACACAUCAGUUGCCAUUGCUUUCAUGUCGUGGGUUCAGUGCCAUUCGGUGGGCUCAGUUUCUAAUUCUAACAUUCUGGAUGCAUGUCAUGGUUUACCAAAGCAGCCAUCAGAUUCAAUGGUAAACAUAUGCUGUGAUGAAUCUUCUUCAUGCAUUAAUUCAUGGCUCGCAGUUACUUUGGUUCCAUCUUGUGGUUUAAUUCAUGGAAAUUGCAACCUUGUUAGUAGUGUUUCAACACUAGCCAAACAAGGCUCUCGAUCUUCAUCAUUCAGCACCAGAAUGUCUUCAAGUGGCAAGGAUUUGGUAGAAGGAUCAAGUUCUCCAACAGAUUGCCAGCAGAGUCCAGGGACACUUAGCCGCUAUGAGUCUCAAAAGAGAAGGGAUUGGAACACUUUUGGGCAGUACUUGAAGAAUCAGAGACCCCCAGUUCCACUGUCUCAGUGCAAUUGCAACCAUGUGUUGGAUUUCCUUCGGUAUCUGGACCAGUUUGGGAAGACCAAGGUUCACCUUCAAGGUUGCAUGUUCUAUGGGCAGCCAGAACCUCCAGCACCCUGCACAUGCCCCCUUAGACAGGCUUGGGGAAGCCUUGAUGCUCUCAUAGGGAGGCUCAGGGCUGCUUAUGAAGAAAAUGGUGGCUCCCCAGAGACUAAUCCUUUUGCAAGUGGCUCCAUCCGUGUCUAUCUCAAAGAGGUUAGGGACUGCCAAGCUAAGGCAAGAGGUAUCCCUUACAAGAAGAAAAAGAAGGGCACAAAUCAAACCAAGCCAAAUGAUGAAUCAACCUCCACCAUCCAUUUCUCUUGA